GUGUCUGGCUUUAAAGGUAGUACCAUCUCAACAUUAGAGAAAGGAUUUAAUUUAUCAGCAACCGAUAUUGGUGUUAUCACAAUCUUUUUCAAUGUUCCCAAUGCGAUUUGUGGGCUCAUUUUUUCCUUCUUAGCUAUUCACGGUCAUAAAGGAAAAUGGAUGACUGCAAGUUUACUCAUUGUCGGUAUUGGUUUAUUAAUCUAUGCUAUGCCACAUUGGAUUAUUGGUAGUUAUCAAAUUUUAAAUCAUUUAGUCUUUGGUAACAACGACGGUAAUUGCCAUCCUACGAUCACCAACCAUACGCUUAAUAGCACGGCCAUCAUUAGCUGUAAUCACGCCAAUUCCUCCAAUGGAUUAUAUUAUUUUAUUUUUUCACUUGCUCAAUUUAUAAUCGGCCUUGGUGUUUGUACCUUACGUACAAUCGGUUGGUCGUAUAUUGACGAUAGUGUAAGCCCAACAUCAUCGCCAUUAUACAUUGGAUUUGUUUUAGCCAUGUUCGGUUUAGGACCAGCUGCUGGCUAUGUCGUUGGUGGCCUUAUUGUCAACACAUUUGUUUACUGGCCACGACAACCCCCUGCCGGAUUGAAUACUGACAGUCCACAAUGGUUAGGCGCUUGGUGGCUAGGUUAUGUGGCUUCAGGUAUUUUACUACUUAUCUUAAUUAUUCCUAUGAUAGCAUUCCCUCGCUACCUACCCAAUUAUCAAACUUAUAAAGCUGAACGAGAAAAACAAGCCGUAGGUAAAUCUAAAGUCGACCGAGAAUAUGGACGAUCAUUCAAAGAAUUUUGGCCAGCUACCAAGGAGUUACUUACUAAUAUACCAUUUAUGGCAACAGUAGGAAGUGUGGUUGUCCAGAGCAUUAUGCUGUCAGGAUUAUCCACCUUUAUGCCCAAAUAUAUUGAAUCACAGUUUGGUUUAAGGGCUGCGGAUAGCAGUGUAUAUGUUGGUAUCAUUCUUAUAAUUGGAUUAUUUGGUGGUAUGGUUAUUGGUGGCGGUAUCAUGAAUGCAAAAAAAAUGGACGCACUUUCCAUUGCUAAAUUUACACUCAUUGCCUCUAUCCUUGGCGCUAUUGCUGCAGCAUUCUUCUUCAUACCUAGAUGUGACAAUCCAAAAAUAGCUGGAGUCUAUCUAUCAUACGCAAAUGCAAGUGAUAUAACUGGUAGGCCAAAUUUGGUAUCCACCUGCAAUCGAAAUUGUCAUUGUGAAAUAAACACUUUCAAUCCAAUAUGCGACAUGAAGAACAAAAUUACGUACUUUUCACCUUGCCAUGCUGGUUGCCAAUCAAAACAACCUAGUGAAAUGUAUAAAGAGGUGUACUAUAACUGCAGUUGUAUUCAAGGCUCAAGACAAUUAAACGCAACGUUUGAUGCUGUUAAGAACUACUGUCCUCGAAAUUGUACUGUUUUUGUACCUUUCUUAGUUCUGUUGGGUAUUUUAGUUUUUUUAUCAUAUCUAAACUUAGUACCUGCAACGCAAUUAAUUAUAAGAUGUGUUCCGGACAGCCAAAAAUCUUUUGCUCUCUCUGUAGAAUUUUUUUUCGUUCAACUUAUUGGUACAAUUCCAGGCCCAUUACUUAUUGGUUAUUUCAUUGAUACAUCUUGCGUACUUUGGAAUGAACAAUGCGGUGAAAGAAAAUUUUGUUGGUUAUACGAUAACGCAACCAUGACAUAUUGGAUCGGUGGCUUAGCUUGUCUGUUGAAAGGUGCUGCUACCUUCUUCUCC